AUUUUAACAUUAUUUUCUUUUAAUUAUUGAUAUGCAUAUUAAGUAUGCAUCGCAAGAAUAAAUUUUAUGCAUAGCCAUGCAUUUCACGAUUUUAUUAUUUUCCGUGCAUAAAGCGUUACUAGCGUUACUCUUGGGACUUAACAAUUUUUCCUCUUCUUUCGUUUGCUUUGCUGGUAAAGAUUCGUCACUGCACGCUGACUUUUUUUGGAAACACAGCGGUCGUAGCAAUGGAGAACACACAGGAUACAUUCAAAAUUGGGUUCGAAAUCAACAGAACAAUGCUCCUAAAACUGUUCGACGUAAGCGACAGGCAGCUCCAGAAUUGAAUGAAGAUGAAUUGCAAGCAAUUGAUGAACUAUCCGCAUUCGACAGUGAAAGAGAUUACCAGAAUGUCUCCCAUCUGAUGUCCAAAACAUUACCCUAUCGCCAAAUGCUACGUCAGCGGAAAAUUGCUCCUUCGAUGUUAUGUAUGGAAUUCUCACACCUGCUGAGGCAUGGUAUCAUAAUGAUCGAUGAUGAGUUUGAUCGAAUGUAUCCAAACAGAAACGCUAUUGGAACAAUUUCUUCAAUUUCGUCGUUCUGCAUGAUGCUCGAUCAUUCUUACAAUGAGAUAGCUUGUCCCUCGAUUCAAGCAUUGCUGAAGGUGAUGUCCGAACUAACAUCGCAAGGCAAUAUUCGCAAAGCGGACCCAUCAGGAUUACCACCUCUCGAAGAAUUCGCUUCAGUAUUUGUUAGAUGGCUGCAACCGGGAACCGACAUCGAUCAUUUCCUUGAACAUGUCCCAGGGGAGCCACCGUAUAUCCUAUGUUCAACAAUGGCCUUCGCCGAAAAUAAGUAUUAUAUUGUUGUUUUGAGGACGGCUUUUGAUUGUGGAUUUAUGUUCGUUGAGGCUUUAGAUUUACUUAUUAAGGCAUAUAAAGUUUUCAAUUUCGAAGUACCAGGAAAGGCUAAGAAAGUUUUGGAGUUUUUUGACCUAAUCUAUGGAUUGCACUCAAAUAGUAGACUUAGCAGUGUAAAUAAUCUUUUUGCAAAAAUUAAGUCAGCUACUAACAUGUAAAAUUAGAUUUAGGUGAUCCCAUAAUGAUCAGGUCUUAGAAACCUUAGAAUAUUCGUCGCAUAUUUGAAAGAUUUUUAGUGUCACCACUUAGCUCCUAUGAUCUGGAACUAAAACAUGUAAGAACAAAUGAUAAACUACUGCUACUGUAGGUAUUCUAUGGGAAUCCCCAUACAUGUGAAAGUUGUGCGUGGAUACUAUAAAAUCUUAUAAAAUCCUUGUAAUAAACAUUAAAAUCGAA